AUGCCAUUCCACCAUGUAACGGCUGGCUUGUUAUACAAGGGGAACUACCUGAAUCGAUCGCUCUCUGCUGGCAGUGACAGUGAACAGCUAGCCAAUAUCUCUGUGGAGGAAUUGGAUGAAAUCCGUGAAGCCUUUCGGGUGCUGGACAGGGAUGGGAAUGGCUUUAUCUCCAAGCAGGAGCUGGGCAUGGCUAUGCGUUCUUUGGGAUACAUGCCUAGUGAGGUGGAAUUGGCAAUUAUCAUGCAGCGCCUUGAUAUGGAUGGGGAUGGCCAGGUUGAUUUUGAUGAAUUUAUGACCAUUCUUGGACCUAAGCUGGUAUCUUCAGAAGGGAGAGAUGGUUUUCUUGGAAAUACAAUAGACAGCAUAUUCUGGCAGUUUGACAUGCAAAGGAUAACGCUGGAAGAGCUCAAACAUAUUCUGUAUCAUGCAUUCCAGGACCAUUUAACAAUGAAGGACAUUGAAAACAUCAUCAUCAACGAAGAGGAGAGUUUAAAUGAAAACUCUGGCAACUGCCAACCAGAGUUUGAAGGUGUUCACUCCCAGAAACAGAACAGACAGACCUGUGUACGGAAGAGCCUUAUAUGUGCAUUUGCCAUGGCCUUUAUUAUAAGUGUCAUGUUGAUUGCAGCCAACCAGAUCCUCCGGAGCGGCAUGGAAUAG